GUGUGAUAUCAAAUUGGAGAGGAGUUUCUUCAUUCAAAAUCAGUCGUUCGUAAGUCGGUAUAGUGGUGAAAUCGUUGGAAAAACAUUUCCCGAAUUUUCAAAAAAAAGUGCAACUAAUUUUGAAUAUUCGUAGUCAGUCAGUUAAAUAAAAAUACGCAAUGUCUGAGGUAACAGCAAGUGAAGAAAAUACUGCAACAACGACAAACGAAGGAAAUACUGCAGCAACAGUUAUCGAAGAAAAUACUGCAACAACAGUAAAAGAAGAAAAUAUUGCAGCAACAGUAAAAGAUGAAAAUACUGUAACAACAGUAAAAGAAGAAAAUACUGCGGCAACAGUAAAUCAAGAAAACAAUGAGAAUGGUAAUGGAUUGACUGAUGAUGAAUUGAUAAUUGGCACAUCAGGGGAUGGAGUUUUCGGUGCGACAGUUGGUAAUCCGACCGAUUUUGUCGUACACGCCUCUGAUUGCAAAGAGCGGGUAAAAUGCGGCCUGUACGUUUGUUUUGAUGGACCUGAGAAACCUGACAUCGAAUUCGACCAUUUGAAAGAUGGAAAUAUAUCUGUUACAUAUCUACCUACUGUUCCUGGAGUGUACAUUUUGACUGUUAAAUACAACAACAGACAUGUUCGUGGCAGUCCGUUCAAAAUCAACGUUAUUGGUCGUGGUUUUCCCAUUAUGAAACCGUUAGUCAUCAAAAGAAACAUUGUAAAGAAAGUCAAACUUUCAGGAGCUCAAGAAGUGCUUGUCAACGAAAUAGCUGAAAUCUUUCUCGAUAUCUCAAGAGCUGAAAUUAAUUGUGAGCUUAUGAUUGACAUUGAUGGUCCCAUGAUACCCCCGUAUUCAACUGUGGAGAAAAGCAAGGGGAUCGUAGCGCUGGCUUACACACCGACGAAAAAAGGUGUAUAUAAAUUCAUGCUAAGAUUCCGUGGUGAACACGUACCUGGUUCUCCAUAUACUGUUACGGUUAAAUAAAUGAAACAACCCGACAAUAACUCGUCAUGUGAUGUCAAUUGAAAAUAUUUUUUUAGAAUUAGACAAAAUUUCGUCCUUUUACAUCGAAUUUAUGUGAAUUUUUACGGAUAAACAUACCCACGCAGAUAAUUUUAUUUCGUUGUGUCCAACUAAUUUGCUAACUAUAGGAACAUUCUGCAUUGACACGUGCCCGUUAGUUGAUUAAAUUUAUUACAUUGAAUCGAAAUUUUUACAACUUUUGAGUCGAAGCCAAAUUGUUGAAUUGAUAUAUGGAAAACGAAAAUUGUUCGCUUAUUGCGUUGAAAUAAAUUUACCGUAUGAGAAUGUAAGA